AUGAAGCUACUAGCUUGGAACUGUCGCGGGCUCGGGAAUGCCGCGGCAGUUCGACAACUGACGGCAAUCGUUCGCCGGUCAAAUCCCGAUAUGGUGAUCCUAUCUGAAACAAGGUUGGUUCUUGAUAAAUUUGAAAAACUGAUUCAUAAACUUCAUUUUAUUGAGUUUGUGUACAUACCUACAAUUGGUCUCUCGGGCGGGUUUGGGGUAUGUUGGAAACAAGGGGUUGUUUGCAAGGUUAAGGAAGCGGAUAAAAAUGCUCUGCUAGGUUCGAUUGAAUCCGAUCCUCCUGGCACCAAAUGGAACUUCAUUGGAAUAUAUGGGCCGCCUACAAUGUCAGGAAGAGAAGAUUUCUGGAAUCGUAUUGGAGACUCGAUAGUAAACGAAUCGUCACCCACGGUCCUUAUUGGUGACUUGAAUGGAACACUUGCAGAUCAUGAAUGCCUAAACUAUGCCAAUCAGAGGAAUUCAGCUAGAUAUUCCUUUGACUUGAGGGGAAUGGUGGCGAGAACCGGCUUGGUAGAUCUUGGCUGCCUUGGCGGAAAAUUCACCUGGUUCCAAAAGGCCUCUCAAUCUACUAGGGGAGCUUCGGUUAGAAGAGCAAGGCUAGACAAGGCCUUAGCCUCCAUAGAUUGGAGAAUUUUAUUUCCAAAUGCGGUUGUUGAGCUCCUCACAGUUGGUACUUCGGAUCACAAACCAAUCCUUCUAAAUACUGAGGGGGGAACAAGGUGUUUGAAGCCUCAAUUCAAGUAUGAGUUAAUGUGGGGGAGGGAUCCGAGAUGCUUCUGGGUAGUGCGAAAUGCUUGGCGAGACAAUCUUCACCAUGACCCAAUGGUGAACUUGUACCGGAAACUAAGGAAAACAAAGGAGCAUUUGAAGACAUGGAAUAAAACGCACUUUGGGAAAAUCCAACAACAAGUGGUUGAUGCAAAAAAGACUCUAGAUAAGAUCGAAAGUUCCAAUAAUAUGCAGAUUGCGCAGUUUGAUGAACCUAAAGCCAAGUUGAAUGAGGCGCUUAGUAGGGAAGAGAUCUUCUAG